AUGAACCAAGCCGGCGGCGACGAGGGCGCUGUUUUCAACUUCGCCGCCAACCAAGGAGGACCUGACCAGAGGAUUCCCCCAAACGCCCGUUGGACUCUGGAAGAAAGACGUAACCACUUCCAGAACAAGCACUCCAGAUACUAUACCACAGCCACAGCCAAUGCCGAACCCGCAGGGGACGGUACGCUGUGCAUAACUAACAAGAGAACCAAGAGGGUUGAGGAAAAUUCUGUCAUGAUCGAGCCAGCUGAUCCUAGCAGAAAUAAGAUAGAGAAAUGGGUCGGAACUUUCACCGGCACCCAAGGACCCGUAUCGAUGGCUGAGCAUUUUGCGGCCACUCACGCGCCUAAUACCAAAACAUUGGCGCUGAUCGUGACUCGGCCCGUGGACGAAAGUUACAGCCAGCAGCCGAGAAAACCCAAGCUCAACCUCCUCCCGGACAUCCGAACGACCAAGCGUAACGCGGACGAAGGCAACCUCUGCGCCAACUGCCACAAGAACACACAUGUCCUGGCCGAUUGUGUCUGGCCGUAUCGUGCCCCGUUCGGCGAUAUUUUUGGCUGCCCUAUCUGCAACACGAAGGAUCACCGAUUCGACGAUUGCCAUAACCAGGCCAGACUAACCGACUGGAACCGAUUUGAGUUCCUAAUCCUCAGGCGAGCGGGCAAGUGCAUGAUCCGCUCGGAGUGGAAAGUCUACCAGAUGAUUCUCCAGUACAUCCAGGAGGGCAUAGUCAACCCCGCUGAGCUUGUCAUGCCGUGGACACGCGACGGCGCCCGCCAUCUAGUCAACGACCAAGCUAUCGCGACUUUCCAAAACUUGGACUAUAGUAACCCGCAACGAGUGGUGACCAUCGAUCCCAACUGCACCCCGGAGAGGCUGCAGGCGCUCUCGGACGCUACCAACGGGGGCGACUUUUCUACUUAUGCGGCACAACAAAGGGAACAGAGGAACGCAAACAGACGUCUGCCCCAACCUCCCGUACCCGAACACCAUCCCGUACCCCAGCAACCUAUACUCCAACAACCCGCACCACAGCAACUUGUGCUCCGUCCUGAUGCACAACGGCCUCAACCACAAAAUCCUCAGCCCCGAUCAGUACACGCGGUUCGAGAUGAAUAUACGAUAGACAUCACGAUUCAUGGUAGUGGUAACGGUGGCCAGCCCUACCGUCCGUUGUCACCUGGUCGCGCGUGGUCGUACGCCUAG